UUUACAGUGAUAGAGAAGUUCAACGGACAAUGUACUGUAUUGCAUCAUCUGUUACUACCUGACUUAGAUCAUCCCUGCCUGCAGUGUCACCAUAGCUUCAGAUGGGAUGAUUGCAGUUGUGACUCUGGCCAAUGGAGACAUGAGAAAGGCUCUCAAUAUUUUACAGAUGCAACCCUUAUGCAAGUUUGUGUAUGCAGUGGUCUGCAUUGCAGCAGUGGACGGAGCGUUUACGUGGUUCUCGGGCGCGCCUUCUACAAGUUUCACCUCGGUUAAUUUAACGGAGUCAAAUCCGUGCUCAGUCGCGAAAGCUUACAUGGCACCGUAUGAUGAUCAGGUGGCUCCAAUGCAUGUUUACCGUUGCAUCUUGAGUCAGACUCCUGACGGGGGUUUUUCCACGAAAGUCUAUGAUCGAGGGUUCGUCCUAGCCACUCCAGGAUCGUUCAUAUUCUGUGAUGAGACUGCCCUCAGAAUGAAGUGUCAGCAGUCGAGUUACUCCCUGACAGUGGUCGCAGCAGAUGCCGCAGGCAACCCGAUACUUACAGACACGGGCGCUGUGGCAGUUAAUGAAACAUGGACAGUUGCCGUUAUUGGUUUACCAGCCAAUUGCUGAUCGACAACAACAACAACAUCGACAGCAACAACGACAACGCUAUAGCAUCAUCUCGAUAAAGCAUCGUCUCUAAAAUUUAUUUUCUUGUAACUAUAUUAAGCAUAAGCAAAUGCCGGUUUUAUUGUUAGUAUAUACCUAAAUGACUUGUUUGUAAAUUAUUUGAA